GGAAAGUGUUUACCUCUCUCUUCAACACCCAUCAUUCCACCUUUUCGCCACGAUGAAGCCAGUUGUUGGCCUACUCGCGGUAGCUGGACUCGUCUACCGAGCUUGGGCUCGAAAGUCGCUCACACCGCUGGGUCUCUUUGUCGCCGGAGCGUCGGCGACCGCCCACGCCCUCCACCCGUGGUCCACACCAUUUGCGCUCCUCGCGGUCUUCUACUACGGUGGGACAAAAGUCACAAAGGUCAAGCAUGAAAUUAAAGCACAAAAGACCCUCUCAGCAACGGGCUCGGAGGGAGGCGAAGGUCCCCGCAACCAUCUCCAGGUCCUGGCAAACUCGGUCGUCGCGACAGUUCUAAGCAUUGCACAUGCCGUUGUGCUAUCGAGAAACUCCUCCCCGGAUUCUUGUUUCUCUCUCGGCCAGAGUCCCGCCGAUGUCCUUAUGGUCGGGAUCGUGGCAAACUACGCCGCUGUAGCUGCUGACACCUUCUCCUCCGAACUUGGAAUCCUAUCCAAAUCGAACCCUCGUCUGAUCACCUCCCUCACCCUCCGCGAAGUUCCCCCCGGUACAAAUGGCGGUGUUACCGCCGCGGGUCUCGGUGCAGGUCUUCUUGGAUCAUUCACUGUUGCCCUGACAUCCGCCCUCGUUCUUCCGUUCUGCCCGAGCAAAUCCGGGAUCCAAGAUCGCGCCCUCUGGACUGUUGCGAUGACUUUCUGGGGUCUACUUGGAAGCGUUCUGGACAGUGUCCUUGGCGGACUACUCCAGGCGAGUGUCGUCGACAAGAGGAGCGGCAAGGUCGUGGAGGGCAGCGGUGGCCGAAAGGUACUCAUCCACCCGAGCUCCACGAAACCAGCGGGCACAUCUGGCAACGGCCCCUCUGCCGAGGUCUCGAGUAGCACGCAAAUUCGUAAUACGGAGGCCGUUGCCAACGCGGCUACCUUACGAGGAAGCCGUGUUACGGGCACAUCUGUAGGAGCCCAAGCUGGCCGCCCUCAUGACGAGAGCCAUGAGAGCCGACGGGUUGAGACCGGUCGUGACUGGCUUGAUAACAACGGUGUGAAUAUUCUCAUGGCUUUCCUCAUGAGUGUGGGAGCUAUGGGCAUCUCACAGUGGGCCUGGGGAGUUGAUGUGCGAGAAUUGUGGGCAUAGAGAAUAAAGUACAGUACAGUCCUGGCAAGUCAUGUCAUUCCAUGAAUAUAAUUCGCCAGGCCUUUCGGGUCACUUUAUGUAUUUAGCUUGAUUCGGGGCAGACUAUAUGUCUUCACAAGAUCAAGAAAGGUCAAUGAAAGAUCAAAAACAAAACUUGCAGGGCAACUUGAUGCGAACGGUAGAGUUUCUCUUGGCACAUUUUCCCAAUACCAAUCCGGACUAAACAGGAAAUGAGAAACGAGAACGAAACCCACAUAGCGAGCCACCUUGACGAGUCAAUCAAUUUUGGGCGGAAUCAUAGCAAACCUUGUUUGGAAGGGCAGCCCUCGGGCGCACAAAUUACAAGCAGAUUUCACAUAGCCUAUGAGAGACCUUUUCACAUCAAAAUAUCAUCAAUUGGCAGGAAUCAGAGUAGACAACAUGAUCGUUAAAGUUCAGGAAAGCUACAAAAUUGGCCAUUGAAUCAAAUACCAGAAACCGACCAAUGGAUUAGUCGCACAUUCAUCCCACUGAAUAGCGAAGACUCUGCUGACUGUCACCGAACAAUUCGAGGACGGUAUCACUGGAUGAUCCCAAUAGAGAGCUGGACACAAAGAUGAAAGUGGCCCGACGCAUGGACUGACAAUCGCGCUUGGCGAGGUCCCCCAUCGACCUUGAAACGCUCCAACCAUGACGAUCGUCUAGAUCCCGGGCCGCCCCAGUUUUUAACCGGACACGCUGCUGUUAGAUGGAUCCUCGGGGAGACGGAGAUGGGCAGGUUUGCGAGCGCGUGUGGCCCAUGGCCCACUUGCGCGUGCGUCCAUUUUCGGUGGUGGCACCGCGUGGCAAGUUACUGAGAGCGGAGGGAGAAAUUUGAUUGAUAAUGGAUGAUAGAUUUCAUUUUCAUCCAGGUCCAAUCAACCUCGCUUUUUCAACCACGCAUUAUUCUCGAUGCUCGGCAAAGUACUUUGUCGGUGUUCGCCGAAGGUUCAGCUAGGAGAGAUUAGUUGGCCGAGAUAUCGGAGCUAUUGAGCGCUUACUCGAGCGACUCGGAUGCAAUUCCCUUCGGUGGUGUAAUGGCUAGCUGCCUAGCAUGAUUAUUGUUCACAGCUUCAGACAUUCGGUCGUGCCAUGCAUCCCGAUAGGUUGGGGACAAAGGCAUUUCGUGAGCACUAGAUCAAUGGAAGGAUCAUCGAAGGAACCAUCAUUGUAACCAUCGGUGCCCUGCAACGUUGCCGACCGGUUUGAGACAACCGAGUGGGCGCAUGCUAGAGAGAAACGAGUCUAGCGAGACAACCAACCUCCGUCCGGGGGCACGCGAGCUUGCCGCUCCUGCCAGCUGCUAGUGUCGAAGGCGAGGCAUGUCACUGGUCUCGAGGCACUGGCUCCUGCGUAUCCUAGUAUCUGUCAUGCAUCAUACAUCGAUGGCCCGUUAAACCUCAUUGACUCAGGGGGUCACUGGAGAAAUCGGGAUCGGGUCGACGCCCGGGAGAUCUCGUAUGGACUUGUUGCUGUUUGAAGCCAUUGCCCGAAAACGGGAGUUCGCUAUGGGAUUCGGUUCCAGCUCGCCCCGAAUUGCUUGCGUUUCCUUCUCAUCGAGGCAGCUUCCCACGUGCGAACGGUAACCAGAUCAGUCAGACACGCCAAGAACACGAAAACCAAAGAAUACUACCUGGGGCGGGGGGGGGGGUUGACUUCUAGAACGCCUCGAUGGGUUCACUGUGGUUCACUGUAGUUAGCUGUGAUGAGGGUUAAUGGGCAUUGGUUGACACGCAGGGAGACAGAGUUGUUUCCGAG